CUUAUUUCAAGCAUCCUCUGUGUCGUCAUUGUGUUAUGUCAGGCAAUCGAAAAAAUUUAUUUACAAAUUAGAACAAGAGCGUAGGAUCUAGCGGAGCUGUUGCCAUGUUGAAUUUUCGAAAUUUCAUCAAUGACACUACCUAUAUUUUGUUUUCUUCUACUCGUAGAUUUUAUAACUUCGUACAUGAAAGUAUUUCGGUAGCAAUUACUAGCGUGUAAUGAUCUUACGUCGAAUUCGACUGAUUAACUUUCUCAUCUGUACACUCGCGUGCUCUACAGUCGACGUAAUUUUUCUUAAAUUGGCAUGUGCGCGUGUACAUUCGUACGACAUACAUAUACAUAACUUACGCACGCAUCGACGAUUAUACACAUUCGCGCAGGCGAGUGGAGUAAAGGCUGACACGAAAACAAAUCGAAGAGAAAAAAGGAUAUCUAAGAAAAAUAAUAAUCAAGACAUUAUGCCAAAUUAUUCGAUCUGAAUAUUUAACGACGGUAUGAGAAUGAAUUGAGUUUAAAUCGUGCAACAGAGCGGUUCAAGUUUCCGAAUAUUUCACAAGAUUUAGUAUCUCACCGCUUAUAUUGUUUUGCGCAUUUGAUUCAAAUUGAUCAAAAGUGGGCGCGCGGGUCGCCAUCUUGUAAAAGUGGUUCUGUGUGGUGUUUGGAGGUUCUGCGAAGAACAGGAGCUUCGCCAGAGGCUGGGAGUCCUUUUGAAAUCCUAGCGGUCCUUGGCAGUCCCUGGGCGCCCAGGUGACGUCCCGCGAAGCCAGGGGACCUCCUGAUAAUCUCGGACUUCUGUCUAUCAACACAAACACUGCCGAAUCCUCGGGAAGAUGGUGAGACGAGUUUUUCAACAUUUUCUUUCGGAGUUCAGCAUCGACUGGAGGUACAGAGGGGUCUAGUCCAGCCUCCAGCCCUGCAUCUGCAGCAAGUCUUGCAAUGGCAGCACCUAAGUACGGCACAUUAGUCCCAAACCGAAUUUUCGUUGGUGGUAUCUCGGCGAGCACAAGUGAGGCAGAACUUGCCCAGUUAUUCUCCACCUACGGCAAUGUCAAGGAAACGAAAAUAAUUUCGGACAGAGCCGGUGUCUCCAAGGGAUACGGUUUUGUCACCUUUGAAACGGAGGAGGAAGCUAAACGACUUCAACAGGAGUCGGAAUGCAUCGUGCUGAGGGAAAGAAAGCUCAACAUUGCUCCCGCAAUAAAGAAACAGCCUUUCAAUCGAUCUUACGACAGUAGUUCCGGUUCUCCCCCUACAGUACCCACAAACACCUAUUACUACACAAAUGGCAUGGGUCUAACGUACCAAAACGGCAUGACUUUCUACAAUGCCGGAGCUCCAGCCCCUACAACUCCGGUAGCACCUCCCGCCGAUCCUGCAACCAUAUAUCAAGCUACCAGUGUAUUUGGACCGCAAGCAACUGCUGGACACCAAACAUUCGCUCCGGUUAUGUAUCCGUGCCCAGCACCUUCUUUGUACGUCCCGCAGCAGUACCAAUACACGCCGAUGUCGUACGAGCCAUAUUACACAGGGGCAACGGCGGCCGGCACGCCUCAGUACUUGUAUACGGCUAGCAGCUCUCAGAGCAUUACUAACGGUGGAGGAACGGGUUCUGGGGGCGUUACAAACGGAGCGACCAGUCCGCCGGCUGGCCCUCCACCCGCUCUCACGUCUCUUCCAGCCCCACCGCAGCCGCACCAUUUUUACACGCAAGCAGCCCCACCACCUCAUCAUCAUCCCCAGGUACCCACUGGCCCUCCGCAGCCGCAGGUCGAUCCCGUGUACUACUCGUACACGGCUGGACCUCCACCGCCGCCCCCGUCACACGCUUCAAUAGGCCUCACUGACCAGCAGCUACUGUUAUACGCGACAGACGGUUCAUGCCAGCCUCAACAAUCAAACGACACCCAGGCACAGUCGCAGGAGGAUUCUCUGAACUCUGAACAGCCGCAGCACGGUGAUACAUCUGGUUCAGCGAAACCGCUGGUUCCUUUGGUACCCAUUAAAUUCCCGAUUACCAAUAGAUACCCAGAAAGCUAUCACCAUCCAGUUGCGAUUCAUACCACCAAUUUACAUGGUUCGCAGACAUGCUUAAGCGAUAACGCAGACGUGGGAGAUGCCGGUAGCGUAGCUCAGAUGCACUGUAGAACGAUUGUCUAUCAUCCAGCCGUCUACAUUCCUCACACCCAUCCGUCGUCUCAAUAUCAUCCGUCUUUGUCGGGAGGUCCUAGCCUUCUGCCGACGCCGACGUCUGCGUCAUCCCAUCAUCACCACCACCACCACCACCAUCAUCCCUCCCUUCAGUCGACAGUUAAUCCAAAAUUGCAAAGCAUCGUAGCGCAUCAGCGCGACUAUUCGAAAGCAAUCGUAGCCGGCGCGCAGGGCAGCUAUAACGUCAAGUCACAAAAUUUGAGCAUCGCGUUAAUCUCCUCAUCCUCCGGUGUUCACAAUCACGGUAAGCCUCACGGUUCGUCGACACAGGGUCAGAAGUACGCGAGCGCGUCGGACUUUCACAAAUUUACAAGCAACGUUUUGUCGACGACUCAUUUUCCCCCUCAACAUCAACUCGCCAAGCGAUCGUUGUGCGCCAACGCUGGUCAAGCGGCUUACUUCUCAGGUCAAAGGUCGGGAUACGGGUCCUUCAAGUCAUUGGCGUUCGGCCCGACGACGGGUGUGGUUUUGAAUGGUCUGAAUUAUCCGGGAUCUCAAAAGUUGACAGUCAGUCAUCAGAAAUACAAUACAGAUCAGUAUUUCGAGGGCGGCGGCAACAAUUCGAGGUCCUCGAGAAAUUAUUCGCAUAAAAAUCACGCCGCCGCGGGUCGAAGUAGCGGCACGGUCAAACGGGUGAGCUUGGACAAUAACAACUGUGGCAACAGUCAAAGUGGGGAAAAGUACGGUGCGCAAUCAGAUUCGCAAAACGUUGAUAUCGCCGCAGAAACUACAACGACCUCGAGCACAAUGGUCGUUUCCGAAAAGUCGUCCAGUCCGCCACCCGCACCUUAUUCACCCAUGACUCGUCCUCUCCCAAACCUCUCGCCUCCCGUUCCUCAGGUCCAGUUCUACGCUCCGGCCCAAAACCGUUACCAGACGGCCAUGCCGGUGAGCAAUACGCCUGGACACCAGCAGCAACAGCAACAACAACAACAACAACAACAACAACAACAACAACAACAACAACAACAACCACCGGCGCAGCGGCGGUACACAGUUGCACCGCCUCUGCCAGCAGGGAGAAAGCCUUCGGAAAAAUAUUCAGCUGCUCCGGCGCAGAGUUCGAUGUUGCGGCAGCACAAGUAUAAGCCUAACGGCAUGAUGCAGUCUGGCAGUAAAUCUGGUGAUGAUAGCUUGGGGGGAGCUGGUGAUGCGCCGCCUGGUGUCGGUCGCAUUCCGAUUACCCCGCCGGGUACCCCGAGGAACGCUCACACCGGAGGGCUUUCGGGCGGUGAUCAAAACCAAAUCAGCGAUUGCACUCAUCAGCUGCAGGCAUUGAGCCUUUAGCCCUUCUCUGACUCAGAUCUGCCCCUCGACUGUACCAGUGGUACAAUAGUGUUUAACGAAAAGCAAGUAAUUAACCGACUAAGUAAAGUAAGUGAAUUAAGUAAGCUAGCCAGCUAGUUAGUUAGACAGUUAGUUAUUUAGAUAUAAUAAUUAUAUAAAAAUUCAGCUGGUUAAAGACAAAAAAGAAAUAAAUAUAUAUAUUAAUUAACAAAAGAAUAAUAAUAACAUCAAUAAUUAGACCGAUAAUAACGAUAAUAAUACGCUAAUGAGAUAUAUUUAAUAAAAACUAUAAAAGAGGUAUAUAUAUAUACAUAUAUACACACACACACAUAAAUGCUGUAAUCUGUGUGUUUAAAUCAUUCACCAUUCUCAAAAGCUGAUGACGAACUUUGUGGUUUAAAAGAAACGAAGACGCAUGCGUGAAACGUACUUCCAUUUAUUUAUUUUUUUUUUUUUUUCUUCGUAAUCUCAUAUCUUUGACCGUUGCAGAAAAGAUUCAGGGGGUUUGGAUUUUUCUUAAACUUAGAAGCGGUUCAUGUUAUUUUUUGCAAAUAUGAUUUCGUUGGCAUAUUUAUCUUAAGUGCCACAUGUUACCUAUUGAUGAUUGAAAUUUGAAGAAAAAUUGGAAUGCUCCUGAUGUAUCGUAUAGAUAUGUUCGUUAUUCCCUCAACGGUCUACUUGCACACUCCUUACAGGAAAGCACGAGUGUGAUACAACGAACUUCCAAAUUUAUUUUUAAUGAUUCCUUGCAACGAUAUACAUAUACAUGUAUAUGAAUGUAUGUAUCAUACAUACAUACGUGUAUAUAUAUAUAUAUAUACACACAUACACACACACACAUAUUAAGCAGCUCCCACUCAGCAUAAGUUGUUAAAUAUUUAUAAUUACGAAAAAUUAGUAAUAACGAACCGUUGGCAGAAAAGUAAACAAAGCUAGUAAAAUGAUACAUAGAAGUAUAUACAUAUGCAUAAGAAGAGAGACAAAUCGAUGUUAUAAAGGCCCUAGAUGUAUAAGAUACAAUAAUAAAAUGAGUAAUGAUAAUUUAAUAUAUUAAUAUUUAAAAUGCGAUAUUCGGAGAUGCGAUAUAUUAUACAUAUAUACGAUAUACACGAGAUAAUAUAUAUACAUUUGUA